AGUUUCUGAUUCACCAGCAGAGUGUUGAUGAAUGUUCAGUUGAUUUAAUUAGUUUCUUAUCAUCAUAACCAUGACACAAACAGAUCGAGAUGCGGAGAACGGCCGGGACAGAGAGAAAGACCGGGAAAAAGAGCAGCAGCGCGGCGUGAAGAGACCCAUCAUGCCCGCCGCGGUACCGGAGCCCGUGCAGGAGCAAAUUCAAGCCAACUUCAUCGUUGUGAUUCAUCCUGGAUCAAGAACGCUGCGUCUGGGUCGAGCGACGGACACAUUACCCAUAAGCGUCCCUCAUGUGAUCGCCCGCAGACACAAACACCCCGGCCAGAGCCGCUAUGAAGACAAGUGUCUGCUCCGAGAAGGCCUGAAUUCUGCAGACAGUAAUGAGCAGAGGCAGAACGGGCUGAAAAUGGUUGAUCAGGUGAUCUGGUCCAAGAAAAUGUCCAACGGUGUGAGGAGAACGCCAGUGUCCGCAGAACAGGCAAGGUUAUACAACAGACAGAUACGACCUGCUGUUCUAGACCCAAACUCUAAAGUCAGCUGGACAAACACAAGUCACCAUCCUGAAUAUGUGGUCGGAGAAGAGGCGUUGUAUGUGAACCCUACAGACUGCUACAGCGUGCACUGGCCCGUGUGCAGGGGUCGUCUGAACCUCCACAGCGGCUCCGGCGGCUCGCUCAGUGCUGUCAUGAUGGACCUGGAGCACAUCUGGACUCACGCUCUUCAGAAACUCCUACAGAUCCCUCUGAAGGAUCUCAAGUAUUACAGAUGCAUCCUCCUCAUUCCUGACAUAUAUAACCGUCAGCAUGUGAAGGAGAUCGUCAAUAUGCUGCUGGUUAAAAUGGGUUUCUCAGCUGUUGUGGUGCACCAGGAGUCAGUGUGUGCCACCUUCGGCAGCGGUCUGAGCAGUGCGUGUGUUGUGGACGUGGGCGAUCAGAAGACCAGUGUGUGCUGUGUGGAGGACGGCGUCUCCCACCGCAGCUCCAGGUUGUGUCUUGCGUACGGGGGCUCAGACGUGACGCGCUGCUUCUUCUGGCUCAUGCAGAGAGCUGGGUUUCCCUAUAGAGAUUGUCAGCUGGGGAAUAAACUGGACUGUGUGCUUCUGCAGCAGCUCAAAGAGUCCUUCUGCCACCUGGAUCAGGAUAUUUCCGGACUGCAGGAUCACGAGUUCCGCACCCGUUUCCCAGAUUCCCCAGUCCUGCUGUAUCAGCUGCGGUUAGGAGACGAGAAGCUCCAGGCUCCGAUGACGUUAUUCUACCCGGCUGCGUUCGGGAUUGUGGGUCAGAAGAUGACAUCACUGCUGCAUCGCUCUCAGGGAGACGCGGAGGAUCCUCACGACGAACACUUUCUGCUGACCACACAGAGCAAACAAGACCAGUCGUCUAAAGCCAGCGCAGAUCGUAAAUCCUUCCCCAAACCGAGCAGUUUCGAAGGUGAAUCCAGCGUUUGCGAGGUGUCAGACAGGAGCAGUCUGGGUCAGGAUCUGGAUCUGGGUCAUUCUCAGGCCGAGUGUCUGGUCGGAGGAGCUGAAACUGAAGAGACGCCGUCUGCUCUGCUGUCCAGGAAAACAGCCAUGUCUCAGUUUGAGGGAAAAGCUCUGGGCAUCGAUAAAGCCAUCCUGCACAGCAUCGACUCCUGUGCGUCGGACGAGACGAAGCGUAAGAUGUACAGCUGUAUUCUGGUGGUCGGCGGCGGGCUGCUGUUUCACGGAGCGCAGGAGUUCCUGCAGCAUCGCAUCCUCAACAAGAUGCCGCCUUCGUUUAGAUGCAUGGUGGAGAGCGUAGACGUCAUCACACGACCCAAGGACACGGACGCUCGAGUGUGUGUGUGGAAGGGAGGCUCGGUGCUGGCGUGUUUGGACACCACACAGGAGCUCUGGAUCCACCAGCGCGAGUGGCAGCGCUUCGGUGUGCGGAUGCUGAGAGAGAGAGCCGCCUUCGUCUGGUAAAACACUGAAAUCUGGUCAUGAUGCUAGUGACCUGGACAUAUUGUGUACAUAUGUUUAUUUGCAUUUUCCUUCAAGCGUUUUGAUUCAUAUAAAAGUGAUUAAAGAUGUAAAAGAUACUUGCACUUAAAAUGUUUUACUUACUUUUGUUUUAUAAGUGUAUGUACACACAGCAGUUCUGGUCGUGGAAUCUGAUUGGCUGAACAGUCAUGAUGUAAACAUUGCACGUUUUUGAAAACAUGCAAUAAAACUGUGAGCAGUG